GUCCGCGCGAGCGGAUCGUCGAGUCGCAUCGCUCUCGGUUAUCGGGUGUGAAGACACUCGCACGGCGGAAGCACUUGCACUAGCCCCUUCGCAAAUUUUUCGCGGACUCGUUUAAUCGCGAAGCAAACGACGUGAGCAUUAUGCGCGCAGCCAAAGGGCGCGUACGCAUGAACCGCCAUACAAACGGAGCCCUUGUGAACGGUGAAACCGUAAACGAGCCUCGGAUGUUCGCGCGUUCAUCGAGCCUUUGACACACUGGCCCGCUUGAUCCUUAGUAGACGCGUCGAGUCGGUCGUAGAAAUUCUCGCGUUUGUCACCCCCGACCACCUUUGCCAUCCCUCUACUCCGCCCCCUCCCCGACAUUAUUAUUCACGUCUUCGUCGUGUGUACUUCGACUUCGAGACGUGCAUCGAACCAACACCGUAGACCUCCUCUAGACCACCAGACACCACCUUUCGAUCUCUUUCCAAGGCAACUUUCUCCUAUCGCUUCACCCCGCCGUCCUAGAACUCCUGUCAGCCUCGGUAGACAGCAAGUAGCGAAAAAUCGUAAUUACUAUCGUAAACAAGUGCGUCUCCACGCUCCUCUUGCGAAGGGGUACGAUUUUCUUUGCGCCCGAGAACUGCAUUUCGACGCCGAUCUAGCCGCGUGCCCCGCUUCCACCUUUUAUUUUCCGCCGCCGUGAUCUUUCAUCGCGAACUUCCAGUUGUCACGAUUCUCCGGCGGAAAGGCAGUGUUCAGGUGACGAGACAGAAAGUCGAUUCGAAUCCAUGACUUCGUGACGAGCGAGCGAUGCGACGGUGAACGAAAGAAUGCUUCGUAGUCGGUAAAAGUUGACGAGCCAACGAACAGCGUGGUGGAAUUAUGCCGGACAAAAAUCGAGGCUGCCGAGAUGGACAACGCGUCAAAGAUUUCUUUGCCGACGAGAUAUCGUCCAUCGGCAUGUCGCUACGACCCAGCGGUAGCGCUUCUUCCGGCAUCUCGUCCCUUGCGAGCUGUGGCGAAGUGGACGCGUUACCGGAACUGCCGGCGCAGGAUGAGGAACGAUUACAACGUGCCGCACGUUUGCUGCAACAAAGACUCGUGUUACGCCAAUGGCUGACAGACCAUGGAUUGCACAGCCAUUAUCAAAAAUUAAUGCAGAUGGAAGUGAUGUCUUUAGAGGAUGUGUAUUGGGUGGAAGACAAUGCGGCACGGGCAGCUCUUGGCAAGGAUCUACAACGAUGGAUGCAGGUCAGACAGACGUUGCCUACUUCAAAGGAAGAUUUAGAAACCCUCAAGGCUGAUCUAUGGAGCGCCGUGGUGAAAAAUAGUCAACAUCAGGACGCUUGGACAUGGGGCGAAAUGUUGGUAGUUUCUGUGUCAGUAGCAGGGUUAGUGACCCUGGCUGCUAUGACACAGCCAGCUCUAGCACCAGAGGCAAAACAUUCUCUAUUGCAAUAUGUGACUGGAAAGUAUUUGCUACCGAGCAAUUGCCGAGUUCAUUUUGGAUGGGAUGAGCCGCAGCUUGUGGGGGAAACAAUGACGUUCACAGUGAAGUUUUAUCAACGCAAUGGCCAACCGUACCCAAUUUGUGACAAAGACAAUCUGAUCGUCAAAGUAACGGGAGAUACGCGGAAGAUAGCUACUCUGAUAGAGUUGGGAGGUACCGACCCCUUAGCUGCAAACACUGCAGUUGUGAAAUUUACUGUCCGCCGUGCUGGACAAUAUGAAAUAGCCGUACUUAUUGGUUUGUGUCACGUUCACGGCAGUCCGUUUCUUAAAAAUUUUCUCCCCGGUCCGCCGGAUCCAAAUAAGACCGUCUUCGUGCGACAAAGUUCCACAGUAGUUUGUACAGCUGGAAUUGCAUACUCUAUGAUAAUAGAACCACGGGACGAGUACAACAACCUGUGUAUAUUUGGACCUGGAGAUAAACCCACGGAGGGUUAUCAAGUUAACAUUACUCAGAUUGGCAAUGCAAUAGACAAAUCGGCUGUUACGAAUUGUAGCAUAAAACUUGACUAUGACUCUCCGAGUCAAAGAAUUCAUCUGAAAGUCAGCUUCCCAAAGGGUAGCUGUUACCAUGCGACAGUUAGUUUAGAUGGACUGCAGCUACAGAAUGGCGAUUUUGACAUCAUUGUACUCGAAAGUAAUGUUGCUAAAAUGGUGCAUAGUAAUGUGGCAUCGAAGGAUCCCAACAUUUAUUAUGCCGCGAAACUGUUAAGCAUGCAAGGUGAGAAAUUCUCGAAACCAAAAAAAGUCGUUUGUUUUAUUUCUCCUAAACAACUUACCAUCAAGGAAUACUUACUAAGAAUUAUACCGAAGAGACUCGUUACGUUCAGGCUUUGUCCAUCUACCAAGUUUCAUUUUGAUUGUUCGACUAAUCAAUACGAUGGUUGCGAUUCUUUUUUUAUCGAUGAUGGAUGUCAGCCACCCGUUGAAUUAAUUUCUCUAUAUCGAGAUAUAAUAGCCGCUACAUUUACCUUGUUUCUGUUGAAAAACAUAGGUGGAAGUGAAACUUUCUCUGACAAACAAGAUUUCUUUUAUCAUGAAGUUCGAAAGCAUCAUCAGAAACAUUAUCACGAAAAGCUUUCGAUGAAAGUUCAGCGAGAUAAAUUAUUAGAAUCGUCUAUGAAAGCUACCAAAGGGUUUUCUGUAAGUGAUUGGUGUAGAAAUUUUGAGAUAAGCUUUCAAGGUGAACAAGGUGUUGACUGGGGUGGUGUUCGACGAGAAUGGUUUGAGUUAAUUUGCGUAGCCCUAUUCGAUUCGGGAAAUGGUUUAUUUGCAUCCUUUGGAGAAUCACAACAGGCACUAGUUCAUCCUAAUAGCAAACGGUCUUCACACCUCAAACUAAAGCAUUAUGAGUUUGCAGGACGAAUCGUGGGCAAAUGCCUAUACGAAUCUGCUCUUGGUGGUUCCUAUCGACAAUUAGUGCGUGCAAGAUUCACAAGAUCAUUUCUUGCACAAAUUAUAGGCCUCAGAGUACAUUACAAGUAUUUCGAGCAAGAUGAUCCAGACCUGUAUCUGAGCAAAAUAAAGUAUAUUCUUGAAAAUGACGUUGAGGAAAUGGAACUUUAUUUUGUUGAAGAAGAAUAUGAUAAAGAUGGUCAAUUACUAAAAGUAGCUGAAUUAAUUCCCGGAGGUAGUAAAAUUCGUGUAACGAACGAAACAAAAUUGCAUUAUUUGGACGCACUUGCGCAACAUAGACUCGCUAGGUCCAUACGAAACGAAGUGGAAUAUUUUUUAAGGGGUUUGAACGAACUUAUUCCCGACAAUCUUCUGGGAAUUUUUGACGAGAACGAACUUGAACUAUUAUUGUGUGGAACUGAUGAGUACAGUGUAGCAGAUCUACGUGCUCACCACAUAGCUAACGGAAGAUCACCAGAGUUUCUUCGAGUUCUCGAUUGGUUUUGGACCGCAGUUAGCAAUUUCACGCAGGAAGAGAUGGCCCGAUUACUACAGUUUACUACAGGAUGUUCGCAGUUACCACCCGGUGGAUUUCAACAACUAAGUCCACGAUUUCAGAUUACAGCAGUACCAACUUUUGCUAACUUGCCUACAGCACAUACUUGCUUCAAUCAACUCUGCUUACCCGAUUACGAGUGUUAUGAUCACUUUGAGCGAGCUUUAUUAUUAGCUAUUAGUGAAGGUACUGAAGGUUUUGGUAUGAUCUAAAGAGAUUAAAUGUCAAUUAAGUUCUAGUCUUAUCUAAUUAUGCUAUUUAUUUAACAUUUUUCUUCUUUUAUAUUAUUAACAUAGUUUUACUUAGUAAUACGUAAGUUACUGUUGAUGAGAACAGGAGAAACUAUAUCUAUCGCACAUUUUGAUACGUGAAAAGAAAAGGAACAGAAUUUUUGAAAUUAGUCCUUUGGGUUCUGCUAAAUGACUAUCAAGAACAAUCCAAUAUAUUUCAAAGUAUAAAUGAUGGUAUUGAUCUUUUUACUGGCUUGUGGUAACGUUUUUAUAAAAAGGUGAUAAAAGGAGCAAUUUUACAGGAACAUCUAAAUUGCUCAAUUUAUUUUAUCAAGAUUUAUGGUAGUUUAAAGUAUUGUAAAUUUCAUUACUCAUAAAAGUAGGUACGUACACGUUCCUCAAGCCAUCGGAUUCGAUAUACUCAACUUUACCGUUUAUCGUUAUGCAAUGAAACAUUUUUUUGUAGGAACCGGAUUAGCCAAAGUUAGUAUACGCAUGAUAAAGUCUGAAAUGGUCAUUGUGAGACCAUUCACUUAAUUAGUAUUUUUGUCUAUGUACUGUUUUACUUCAAAUG